AUGAGUUACGAUGGUAAAUGUGCAUACAGGUCUGUCUACAAUGAACUACGCCUAACGAGGAAAUUUAGCGAUGCAGUCAUCAGGGUUGACGAUGCUGAAUUCCACAUUCACAAGAUCAUUUUUUGUAAGUGCAGUCAAUACUUCAGAGCCCUCUUUCUUCGUUGGUCGACUCCAGACCAGAGGGUUUAUGUCAUACAUGAUCUGACGGCCCAAUUGAUGCAACUAUUUGUGGAUUUUGCAUACAGUGGCUCAGUAUUGUUGACAAAAGACAAUGUUAAGGAUUUGUUGCUAGCCGCAGACCGUUUCAAUAUAACUGACAUUGUCCGGACCUGCUGCACAUUUCUAAAUGAGCAGCUCUGCCCAGAAAACUGCAUCAGCAUCUGGCAAUUCACGAGGAACUGCCACACUCCGGAUCUCCAGCGAAGUGCUUACCAGUAUAUCCUCUACCACUUUGAGGAUGUCGCACAAACAAAUGAAUUGCAGCAACUCUCCGUGCAGGACUUGUGUGACAUCCUGGAACGGGAUGAUCUUAUGGUAAAAAAGGAAGAUACUGUUUAUGAGGCCAUUCUGCACUGGAUCGCACAUGCACCUUGGGAGCGAGGUGAAAACAUGGCAGUGCUGCUGGCCAAAGUCCGUCUCGCAUUAACAAGUGUGGACUUCAUCGCCGACAAGGUGCUGUCCAAUCAGCUGAUCCGGAAUAGCAGGAAGUGCAUGAACAUUGUCGCCUUGGUCACCAGUGUCAUGUGGCAAAUGGUCACAAACUCGGUGUGCGGCUAUCGUAACCUGGUGGCCCGUCCUCGCCUGCCUUCCGCCAUUUUGCUAGCCAUCGGUGGAUUCUGUGGUCCAAAUCCGACGCACCUCAUUGAGGCAUACGACGUGCACGCCAACACUUGGGCUGACCUGGUAGACAACAUGGACCAACCGCACGCUUACUUCGGCACCGCAUUCCUGGGCAACUCGGUCUACUGUGUUGGUGGAUUUGAUGGCAGAAGGCACUACAACACUGUCAGGCGCUUGGAUGUGAGCACUCGUACCUGGCACCAUGUGGCACCCAUGCAUUUUCGGCGGUGCUCUGUAAGCGUCACCGUGCUGAAUGGGCGUAUGUAUGCCAUCGGGGGAGUUGACGGACGGAUAAGAUUAAGGAAUGCAGAGUACUACACGCCCGAGACCAACCAGUGGACGCUUAUCGCAAGUAUGCAUGAGCACAGAAGUGACGCCAGCUGCACCACCUUCAACAACAAGGUUUACAUUUGUGGUGGUUUUAACGGAAACGAGCCCUUGCGAACAGCAGAGUGUUACAAUCCAGACACCAACCAGUGGACCAUGAUCGUCCCAAUGAACUGUUGUCGCAGUGGCACCGGAGUCAUUGCUUAUGCCAACCACAUUUAUGCUAUUGGCGGUUUUGACGGCGACAUUCAUCUGUGCAGUGUGGAGGCCUAUGACCCCAUCACGGACACCUGGAUGGUCUUACCCUCAAUGAAGUGUCCGCGGAGCAACUUCGGGAUUCAAGUGGUAGAGGACCGCCUUUUCGUGGCUGGAGGCAACACAGGUGUGUCGGCCAUCAGCUUGGUCGAGUACUACGACGCCCGCUCAUCCAUGUGGGUCUCCGCAUGUGACAUGGCUGUCUCUCGGAGCGCGCUCAGUUGCUGUGUUGUGUCCGGCUUGGCCAACAUUGGGCAUUUUGUCACGCCACGCAGUGAGCUUCCUUGGCUUCACUUGGAAGAAAUGGACCUGGAAAUGGAAGAUGACUUUUGA